GGGCGCCUUCGGUUGCCGUGAGACGGAGGCGAUGGCAACCAGGAGAAGCCAAACUUGGUCACCUGGUUCACGGCGUGCCGGGGCGCGGAGCUCAUGGCGCUCUACGAGCUCUUCUCUCACCCCGUAGAGCGCAGCUACCGCGCGGGACUCUGCUCUAAAGCCGCGCUGUUCCUGCUGCUGGCCGCGGCGCUCACGUACAUCCCGCCGCUGCUAGUGGCCUUCCGGAGCCACGGGUUUUGGCUGAAGCGGAGCAGCUACGAGGAGCAGCCGACCGUGCGCUUCCAGCACCAGGUGCUGCUCGUGGCCCUGCUGGGACCUGAGAGCGGCGAGUUCCUAUCUUGGAGCACGUUCCCCGCCUUCAACCGGCUGCAGGGGGAUCGCCUGCGCGUCCCGUUCGUUUCGACUAGAGAAGAAGACAAGAACCAGGAUGGGAAGAUGGACAUGUUACAUUUUAAGCUGGAGCUUCCCCUGCAGUCCACGGAGCACGUUCUCGGUGUGCAGCUCAUCCUGACUUUCUCCUAUCAGUUACACAGGCUGUCAACCUUCGUGAUGCAGAGCAUGGCAUUUCUUCAGUCCUCCUUUGCUAUCCCUGGAUCCCAGUUACAUGUGAAUGGAGACCUGAGGCUGCAGCAGAAACAGCCGCUGAGCUGUGGCGGCCUAGAUGCCCGAUACAAUGUAUCCGUGAUCAACGGGACAAGCCCCUUUGCCUAUGAUUAUGACCUGACACGUAUUGUUGCUGCCUACCAGGAAAGGAACGUUACCACCAUCCUGAGUGAUCCCAACCCCAUCUGGCUGGUGGGCAGGGCCGCAGAUGCUCCAUUUGUGAUUAAUGCUAUCAUCCGAUACCCUGUGGAAGUCGUUUCUUAUCAGCCAGGAUUCUGGGAGAUGGUAAAGUUCGCCUGGGUGCAGUAUGUCAGCAUCCUGCUUAUCUUCCUCUGGGUGUUUGAAAGAAUCAAGAUCUUCGUGUUUCAGAAUCAGGUGGUGACCACCGUCCCUGUGACAGCGACGCCCCGGGGAGAAGUGCUGAAGGAGCACGUAUCCUAGGAAUGCCGUUUCUGAGGACUCAGCAGGACCGUGGCUGCCUCAUUGUCAUCUCCUGGGAACAUCUUAGGAUGUUUCUGAAAGAGCCCAGGGGACACAUGCGGGCUUGUGUGCUCUUCCCCUAGGAGACAAAGAACAGUUCUUCCCUUUGCUCUAUACAAGUUCCAUAUCUUCAGAGCUCCUGCAGAAUCGUCAGGGAGUAGUUCGUGGAAAGGUCUGAGGGUUCCUGGAGGCUGUAAUUAGCUUUUUGGGUUUUUCUUCUUUGCCUUAGCAUUGCAUUUCAGGAGAAAAUUGCAGUCAGUUCAGACAUCUUGGAAAGAGUCCCAUCUCUGGUCAAGCAGAGACUUUUCCUCUGUUGAGUGAGAAACACACUGUACAUUUCUUCCUUCUAUUGUGAGCCACUGUUACUCUUUUCAGGGCUCUCUUGUGACAAACAUGCCAAUCACUAGCACUUUGCACCCCUGGGCCUCUCCAUUUCCCAUUCAGAGCUUUGAUUUCCAGAGCUGAGGCCUUUCACUGGAGACCUGGAGGGGCAGGGCACAAGGGGGAGGGUCGCCUUGGCACAGGCAUGAGGGAGGGCCGCUGAAGGACCCUCGGACCAUCACCUGCCUCGGCCCGAAAGUCUGUCAUCUGUCAUCAGCUCAGCGGAGCAGCCCUGGAUGCCUGCCUGACUGUGGCUGGCUCUUUGCCCUGUUUUGCCCUCUGUCUGCGCCCCUGGAUGGCAGACUGAAGUCAGAGGGGCUGUUCAUUCCCAGCCCCCUCAGCAGCACUGGGGGAAGAAAGGAUUGUCACAACAGGUUCUUUCUGGCCCUCACUCAACAGCCUGGGCACUUGGCCCUCCUCCUCCUUGACAGCCCUCCCCCUUCCUGCAAAGGACAGGGGUGACCAGAGCUGGUGUUGGGAUUGGCUCCCACUGCCUGACAACCACAAGUUUAUUUAGAAGGCUAGCGGGAAGCCCAGCGGCUUGUGUUUCCCUUGACUAAGGAACAGGGUACUCAUUAGAGUGGGGCGGGGAGCUUUGGGAAGGGCACAAGAAGCAGUGAGGGAGUAAGGAGGAUGCUGGCCGGGGCAGGGCAGUCCAGCCUGGCGACUAGCAGAAUGCCAAGCAGUCCAGCUGGAUUACCAUGGUGGCUGAGCAAGUGUCUGCGGGAGCAGAGGUGGCUGGAAGGGGCCUCUGCACAUGGAAGACGGCUUGCUCAGCCCCUUCACCUCCUGAGAACGUGAGCAGUCUCCUCUAAGGACAGACGGAGCUGCUUCCUGAUCCCAAGCAGGUCGUUGCCACUGGAAGACAUGGCCCCUGCAUCAUGCCCACAAACACACCUCUUAGUGUGUGCCUCCAUUUACCUUGGAGAUCACCUCUCGUCUCCAGCACCAUUUCCUUUACACUGACUAAAAACAGUUUUGGAAACAGCUAUUGUCAAGUAUACAAGCAGAAGAAAUCCCUAAAACACUGUCCCCCCCCCCCUUUUUUUUUUUUAAAUUCAGGCUGUUUUAUAUGCCUAAAUUUUUUUCUUGAGAUCUAAAUGAAAAAUAGUUUCUUGUUUAAAUCCCCAUAAGGUAAUAAGAUUUAGAAAGAUACAAUAUAUGUAUAAACAUUGGUUUGCAUUUUAUUAAAUCAUUCUCAUGAAAAUUUUGUGUAAAGAACCCAUGAUGUUUUGUAAUUUUCUAAUUAAAAUGUUCAAAAUGAGGCC